AUAUAGUUAAGUGUCUCCAGUAGAUGAAAGGCCAUGCCACAAUAAAUCUAAUAGUUUUUUUACGGUAUCACAGAAAAUUUUUUUCAUGUGUUUGCUCUAACAGACUAACACAGCUAUCCCAGAACAAGUGGUAUAAAAACUGUCCUCAAAGGUUCCUGUACAGCUGAGCAAAUGGAAACUUCAUCUACCGAAUGCGACUACUCAGAGCAAGAGACAUUUUCGGUGGAGGAACAUAACCAUAUACCUUGGAAAAGAGGUCUCCAUAUCCCCCAGUUCAUCCAAGGAAAGUCUUUUCUUAUCUUCUGCACCAUACUGGGCAUUGGCUGGGUGCUUCUUAUAGCCCUUCUUUCUCAGAGCCUCAAAAAUUUUGCUCAAAGGGGAAACGGGAAUUUGACGGCGUCUGUGCUACAAGAACUGACUGAGCUGAAAAGGGAGAAUGGCAGAAUUGCCAAAGAAGUCACACAAGUGAUGGGAAAGCUACAUGACAUCACAGUUACUCUAACUGAAAACAGGAAUUUGACGCCCUCUGUACUAGAAGAACUGGCAGAGCUGAAAAGAGUAAAUAGUAGAAUUGCCAACGAUGUAGCACAAGGGACGGGAGAGUUGCACAGCUUCACAGUUGAAUUGAUGGCAAAAGGGAAUUUGACUCCCUCUGCACUAGAAGCACUGAGUGAGCUGCAAAGAGAGACUGGCAGAAUAGCCAAAGAUGUGAUACAGCUGCUGGAAGAGUUUCGUAACUUCACAGAGCUGUCCUGUACUACCUGCCCACAAAAUUGGCUAAGAUUUGAGAAAAGCUGCUACUUCUUUUCAACAUCACUAAAAGCCUGGUUCGAUGCCAAGCAAGACUGUGAGAAAGAAGGGGCUUACCUGCUCAUUGUUAACAGCUUGGUGGAACAUAAUUUUUUGGUAAAACAUCUUGGCAAUGAGCAGGUGUUUUGGAUUGGCCUGAGUGAUACCAACAAGGAAGGGGAGUGGCUCUGGUUGGAUGGUAGUCGUGUUUCUCUCUCCUUCUGGGGGGCUGGAGAACCAAAUAACGCUGGGCAUCGUGAGGACUGUGCUACACUACGUUUCAACGGGAAGUGGAAUGAUGCACUGUGUUCUUUAAAGGAAUACUGGAUCUGCAAAAAGAAAUGCUAGUCAAGCUCCUGUCUACACAGCAACUUUAUUCAACGUUGGGAAAACUUUUGCCUUUAUAAUAUCCCAGGACAUUUUGUAGUACACUGAGUUUUUUGGCUGUAAUAAUAGACAUGUGCACAUCACUUUCUAAAAAGGUUUUUGAACUUAGCACCGCAGAGCAGACAUCCUCAUCUGUUUCCGUCCUUUGAUUUUAUGGACUCUCCUCUUGAAUGCUUGACUGCAAAUUUUGCUUCUUGCUUAGGGUUAACAAACAAACAUUCAAUUUCACUUUGAAGCAUGUUGAACAAGCCUUAUGCAAAUUGACUGCCCAUUUCUUCUGAAGCAUGGAGUACAAAGGCUUCUACUUUUAAACCUGUUUAAGUUGCAUUUGUUAUUAAACUUGUUGCUGUUGUUGCUG